UUCGCGAGUGGGAGCACCCGAGUGACCGCGGGGGAUCCGGGUUCCGCUCUGGGAUCGGGGCGCGGCCCGGUUGACCCCCACCUCGCGGCCUGUGAGUAGGCCUGUGUGCUGUGGAGCAGGUCUCGCAAGUCUCCCCCUUCCUGGGUCAGUUCUCAUUUCCUUUUGGGAGUAUCCAUGCUUCACCAUGUUGAGAGCUAAGAAUCAGCUUUUUUUGUUAUCACCCCACUACCUGAAGCAGCUAAAAGAUCCAUCAUCCUCCACGUGGAAACGGCUCCUGCAUCAGCAGAAAACCCUUCACCCAGAAUGGGCUGCACUGGCCAAAAAGCAGCUGAAAGGCAAAAACCCAGAGGACCUCAUAUGGCGUACCCCAGAAGGGAUCUCUAUAAAGCCCUUAUAUUCCAGGGCAGACACAAUGGACUUACCUGAAGAACUUCCAGGAGUGAAGCCAUUCACACGAGGACCGUAUCCCACCAUGUAUACCUAUAGGCCAUGGACCAUCCGUCAGUAUGCAGGCUUUAGUACUGUGGAAGAAAGCAAUAAAUUCUAUAAGGACAAUAUUAAGGCUGGUCAGCAGGGGUUGUCCGUUGCCUUUGACCUGGCCACACAUCGUGGUUACGAUUCAGACAACCCUCGAGUUCGUGGAGAUGUUGGAAUGGCGGGAGUUGCUAUUGACACUGUAGAAGACACCAAAAUCCUAUUUGAUGGAAUUCCUUUAGAAAAAAUGUCCGUUUCCAUGACCAUGAAUGGAGCAGUUAUCCCAAUCCUUGCGACGUUUAUAGUAACCGGGGAAGAACAAGGUGUGCCGAAAGAGAAGCUCACUGGUACAAUUCAGAAUGAUAUCCUAAAGGAGUUUAUGGUCAGAAAUACAUAUAUCUUUCCCCCAGAACCAUCCAUGAAAAUUAUUGCUGACAUUUUCCAAUACACAGCACAGCACAUGCCAAAAUUUAAUUCCAUUUCGAUUAGUGGGUACCAUAUGCAGGAAGCAGGAGCUGAUGCCAUUCUAGAACUGGCCUAUACCAUCGCGGAUGGCUUGGAGUACUGCAGAACCGGACUCCAGGCUGGUCUCACAAUUGAUGAAUUUGCACCAAGGUUGUCUUUCUUUUGGGGAAUUGGGAUGAAUUUCUACAUGGAAAUAGCAAAGAUGCGAGCUGGGAGGAGACUCUGGGCUCACUUAAUAGAAAAAAUGUUCCAACCUAAAAACUCUAAAUCUCUUCUUCUACGAGCACAUUGUCAGACAUCAGGGUGGUCACUCACUGAGCAGGAUCCUUACAAUAACAUUGUCCGCACUGCAAUCGAAGCAAUGGCAGCUGUGUUUGGAGGAACACAGUCUUUGCAUACGAAUUCUUUUGAUGAAGCUCUGGGCUUGCCAACUGUGAAAAGCGCUCGAAUUGCCCGAAAUACACAAAUCAUCAUUCAAGAAGAAUCUGGGAUUCCCAAAGUGGCUGAUCCUUGGGGAGGAUCAUACAUGAUGGAAUCUCUCACAAAUGAUGUGUUUGAAGCUGCUCUGAAGCUGAUACAUGAGGUUGAAGAAAUGGGUGGAAUGGCCAAAGCUGUAGCUGAAGGAAUACCUAAACUUCGAAUUGAAGAAUGUGCUGCCCGAAGACAAGCUAGAAUAGAUUCUGGUUCUGAAGUAAUUGUUGGAGUAAAUAAGUAUCAGUUGGAAAAAGAAGACUCUGUGGAAGUCCUGGCCAUUGACAACACUUCAGUGCGCAAGAAGCAGAUUGAGAAAAUUAAGAAGAUCAAAUCCAGCCGGGAUCAAGCUUUGGCUGAACGGGCCCUCGAGGCACUUACCCAGUGUGCUGCCAGUGGAGACGGCAAUAUUUUGGCUCUUGCAGUGGAUGCAGCUCGUGCAAGAUGCACAGUUGGAGAAAUCACAGAUGCUUUGAAAAAGAUAUUUGGUGAGCAUAAAGCUAAUGAUCGCAUGGUGAGUGGAGCAUAUCGGCAGGAGUUUGGAGAAAGUAAAGAGAUAACAUCUGCCAUCAAGAGAGUUGAUAAGUUCAAGGAACGUGAAGGUCGCCGACCUCGUCUUCUUGUGGCAAAAAUGGGGCAAGAUGGCCAUGACAGAGGAGCCAAGGUCAUUGCUACAGGAUUUGCUGAUCUUGGUUUUGAUGUGGAUAUAGGGCCUCUUUUUCAGACUCCCCGUGAAGUGGCACAGCAGGCUGUGGACGCAGAUGUGCAUGCUGUGGGUGUCAGCACACUUGCCGCUGGUCACAAAACCCUCGUUCCUGAGCUUAUCAAAGAACUGUCUGCCCUGGGACGCCCAGAUAUCCUUGUCAUGUGUGGGGGCGUGAUUCCACCACAGGAUUAUGACUUUCUGUAUGAAGUUGGUGUUUCCAAUGUAUUUGGUCCUGGAACCCGGAUUCCCAAGGCCGCCGUUCAGGUGCUUGAUGACAUUGAGAAGUGUUUGGCAGAGAAGCAGCAAUCUGCGUAACACCUGGAUCUUUAGUUAUACUCGAAGAGAGUAAUAAAACUAUGUCUUCUGGUAAUUCAAACACCUGUUAAUGUGUUUGCUUUGGAAGCCUUUCAUUAAAAGGCAGUGAUUAUAAAUGUGCAGUCAUGCUAAUACACAUAUUUAGAGAGCCUGAGUUAAAAUAUGAAAAUCUGAAAAUCAUCUACACCAAGUAUUUCCAAAGUACAUUAUUUCAGAAAAUUAAAAUGGUGUACUGCUUAGAGAUAAUAAUACAAUUAUUUAUAAAUAA